AUGACAUGCACGCCCUUAGUUCCACAAGGGCCCAAAACUAUCGAAGUCAAAAUUGAAGCCCAUUCAGAGUUUGCUAAAAACACAUUGGAGUUGAUUCAACAAUCAAUCAAGUUUGCCACGUACUUGUCCAACGAUUUAAGCUCGUUUGUGAAUCAAACAACAAAUGAUUCAAUACUACAACAAAUGGACACCUUGUACAAUGGAAACACCUACCUGUUGAAUACAUUUGGGUACUGUCGUAAAGAUCAAAUGGGAAAGAAAGUGGGCUGUUAUUAUACUGAUGGAUUGAACUUGAUUGUAUGCCUUUUGCGAGAUGUUGGCUUCCAGUUGCGUAGCAUAACAGCAAGCAAUGAUCAAAUUAUUGAAAAUCAGUUUGUCCAAUUGUAUUACAACGGCAUUAAUCAGGCUUGUUCCUAUCGUGCAACCACAACAUUUCCAUGUGUGUUACAGUUGUACAAUGCUUAUGGAAAACUAGUCAAAUGGCUUGCUAUUGUCGGGAUAUGUUUGCCUACUUUCUUGUUUGUCAUUGGUGUGUUGGAUGUGAUCUUGUUUGUCUUUGUGGGAGUACUGUCGAGUUUACUUUAUCGAAUACGUUUGGGUACAUUGACCGCCUGUGGUGUUUGCUUGAACCUAAUAUAUUUAUUGACGUAUUUCACCUGGGACCACAUCGAUCAAUUGAUAACUCAGUACGAAAUAGGUAAAGUUUCCUUCCAAACUGAUAAAUGGGUUAGUUUGAAUAUUCUUCUUGCAUCUUGUUAUGCGACUCUCUUGUUCCAAUGUGGCUAUAAAAAGAGAUAG